UAAAACCGUUUUUAGAUUCUCCUUGUAGUGCAAUUAUUGAAGACUUUUCUUUACGCCUAACUGACGAAUACGAGAAAAAAUGUUGCGCAAGUCAAGCACACAACGUUCAACAGAACUUCAAUGUCCGCUGGCCUCACUUGGCCGCAACUGCAAAGCUGUGCAAAAUCAGCUAGCAGCAUCGCACUAUCAUCCGCAUAUUUUGAGCUCCAGCCAGCUGGAUACAGAAGCUUACAAUAUGUCAAAUCAAAAGCCUGCUCGAAGUAAAAGCGACGGCGUUGAUCUUUACCCAAUAAUCUCACGCAGCUCCACGCCAUCCAACGAAAAGCAGGAUCUAUCGACGGCCCCCAUAGCUAAUUCGAUGGCGCAACAAAAGGCCGCAACAUUCGAGCUGCGUAGUCGGCACAAACGGCAUGAUCCCUGCAUAUAUGGCGCACAGUCGACAGCAUCUAUUGGCAGGCAGGUGCAAUCAAAGAGUCCAGAGCUCCACACAUUGCCAUUGCCUUUGACAGCCUCAGCAAUAGGGACAUCUGGUCCCGUACCGCAGCCGCGUAGUUUCCUCACAUUGGACUGGUUGCAUGGCGACAGUGCCGACACUGAAGAUUCAAGUGAUAACAACACGGACAGAACGAAUACUAGCCGACGAAUUCCAAGAAGCGGUGGGCGCUGCAGUGUGCCUACGGUGCUGGGCAAUGACACUAGCAGCGCAAGCAGCAAUAACAACAGAGCUCAAUACCUACUGGAUAAAAAGAUGGAGUCUCUUUACCUUGGCAAUGCAUUACAUGCACUACCCCUGAGCACAGAGACCAACCAGUAUCAGAAUGAGCGUUACUAUCUAGAGGAUUACAGUAGCGGAAGUGGCACAGAGCGUUUGCCAGAAUUUAUAUCAUUGGCAGAUCAUCUGCAUCCCCGUAACUCGAGUCUAAGCGAAACGAGCGGAUCGGAUCGUUAUCAGCUGAACCGCAGUUCGAAUUCACCCGCAAACCCCUUCCAGCUAACCGAUCACCAUAUAACCAAAGUGCGAAGCCUCUCCGACGGCCUGUGCAACAUGGGCCGCUUUUCGCCCAGUCUGGACCAGGGUUACGCCACGCUAGUGUCGCCUUCGCCAACGGGUCACCACUCGAGCUCAUCCAUGCCCGUCCCUGUUACCAACACCAGCGGCAUCCGUAUCAAUAAUACCACAGCUCGGCGCACUGCUCCUGGUUUAGCCAACAACAGCAGCUCUGACAUGAGCAGAGGCGUUGUGAUGGCGAUAGAACCGCCGCCCUGGAAUUGCAAAGGUCCGUACCGCAGUGGUCCCUACUUUGAACGUUUGACAGACGAAACUGUGUUGCGCAUCUUCAGUCAGCUCGACAGUUGUGAGCUGUGCAAUGUAGCACGUGUGUGCCGUCGCUUCGAACAGCUCGCCUGGCGUCCCACUCUCUGGAAGUGCAUAACGCUACGUCGCGAGCAACUAAACGGAGACAAAGCACUUAAGAUGAUAUUCCGACAACUGUGCGGCCAUAGCUGCAACGGUGCUUGCCAAGAGGUGGAGCGGGUGAUGCUAGCCGAUGGUUGUCGCAUAUCUGACAAAGGCCUGCAGCUACUAGCGCGUCGAUGUCCGGAGAUGACACAUCUGCAGCUUCAGAGCUGCGUGGGCAUCAGCAAUGAAGCGCUCAUUGAGGCGCUAACCAAGUGCAGUAAUUUGCAGCACCUUGAUAUCACGGGCUGCAGUCAGGUGAGCAGCAUCAGUCCCAAUCCGCACAUGGAACCGCCACGGCACAUGUUGCUUCAGUAUCUGGACUUGACUGAUUGCCUCGCUAUUGAUGACAUUGGCAUAAAAAUAGUCGUCAAGAACUGUCCUCAGCUAGUGUAUUUAUACCUGAGACGAUGCAUACAAAUAACAGAUGCGGGUCUAAAGUUCGUGCCCAGCUUUUGUGUCUCGCUGAAGGAACUUAGCGUGUCGGACUGCGUAAUCAUCACAGACUUUGGUCUCUACGAGCUGGCCAAACUUGGGGCCGCAUUGCGGUAUCUCUCGGUGGCUAAGUGCGAGAGAGUGUCCGACGCUGGUCUCAAGGUGAUUGCGCGUCGGUGUUAUAAGUUGCGAUAUUUAAACGCACGUGGUUGUGAAGCAGUUAGUGACGAUUCCAUUACAGUCCUGGCACGCUCUUGUCCUCGCCUUCGGGCUCUUGACAUUGGCAAAUGCGAUGUGAGCGACGCUGGACUUCGUGCUCUUGCAGAGAGCUGCCCGAACUUAAAGAAGCUUAGCCUGCGCAACUGUGAUAUGAUAACUGACCGGGGCGUGCAGUGCAUUGCUUACUAUUGCCGUGGCCUGCAGCAGCUCAACAUACAGGACUGUCCAAUAUCUAUCGAGGGAUAUAGGGCAGUCAAGAAGUUCUGUAAGCGCUGUAUCAUUGAACAUACAAAUCCAGGAUUUUGUUGACUUUAAAAAAGCCGUGGAAAGUUGGGUGAGCGAUAGCGACAAGUUUCUGUAGCUAUGACCUUAAAGCAAAGAGGCAGGCCAUAAAGCAAAUAUGUUUCAAACAAUUAUACUAAAAUAUUUACAAACAGCGUAUGUUAAAUUAUAACAUAUA